AUGGAAUAUGGUUACUCAUUUAGGAUUCGGCACAAAUUCCUUCAAAGCUAUUCGAUUGAGGUUGAAAUAGUGACCAGUUCUUCGACGAUGUUAUCGCGCUCCAUUCUCUCGACCAAUUCGAACCGUGUAUUUGAUCGAUUUGUACGAGGAGUGUCCAGAACUUCGUAUCAUCGUCUCGCAAGGAAGAGAAGAAUUGAUGUUUAA